AGAAUUUAAUAUAGAUUAAAUUGUUUAAAUAAUAAUUCAAUUAUCUUUUAUAAUUUUCGAGUUAUUAACAAAAAACUUUCAAAAAACACAUUUUUUACCUCUAAGAAAAUUUCUGUCACAACCUGUGGGGUUGUCGAGGGUUGUAACGCAUGCGCCCUAAAUCCAUCCCCUAACGCACCCUCCCGAACGACUUCCGAAUGACGUUUCACACAUGUUUCACGCUGGUGCGCGACGACCUUGCGACGAGCUUUUUGAUAAAAUUUACUUAUAGACUUUAAGCGAGUAUUUUAAUGAGACAGUUAGUGCUACAACAGUCAUCGAAUGAAAACAAGCGACACCAUUACCGUAUGAUUGUAUACACGCGAUCAAAUCAACACACACACAAACAAAGGGACAAAAAAUCACAAAGUAGGAAGACCCAUAAAGACCCAAUACACACACACAGUGUAUAAAUAUAGUGAUAGUUGUACACAGGCACAAAUGUCGCAUGAUUGGAGCAGAGUGCAGUUUUGGCAGCGUGGAUGACUCCUCCUGACUUCCUCUCCCAGCUACAGUUGGUAUCAAGUGAGAUGUGAUUGUUGUGCGUGUCGUGUAGGCGUGGUGCUAAAAGAAAACCCGAAUUGUUUUGUUUAACACAACAAUCUGAACACAACUAGUGAGAUGUGAGAAGUGUAAAGAAGUGUGAAGUCAAUGGCUGACCAGCCAAGCAUCGAGGAGCAAAUUGACUGCUUCCUGGAGCAAUUCAAAAUCAGCGCUUCGAAAGUCAUGGAGGAAUCCACCGCGCACAUCAUCGCCAGAGGGUCUUAUCUUGACCCAGACCCUAAUCAACCUGAUGAAUCGGAGACGUCUUUUGAAGAGAUUGAGAUGCAGAACGCCGCGCCAGCGGAACGACUCUGUGUGGACGAUGUCGCCGAUCUGUUGCAUCCGCAAUUCGCGAUUAUCACCGGCGGGCGGUCGAAAGAUGGCUGCCCGUUGAUUACUUUCCCGGAUCAGAACAAUUUUAACCUGUUGAGUGAAGUCGACUAUCAGCGGCUUAUGUUAUAUAUGAUCUCAGUACCUUCAUUACAAGAAGCCGAUUUAGGUUUCCAUUUAAUAAUAGACCGACGAAAAGACAGAUGGAAUUCAGUAAAAACAGUCCUUCUAAAAAUAUCGGUCUACUUUCCGGGUCUAAUCCACGUCGUAUACGUCCUCCGCCCCGAAAGCUUCUUCCAAAAAGCCAUCUCGGAGGUGAGCAAUAAACUCUUCAAAGACGACUUCAAAUUCCGCAUGAUAGUCCUCGGCAGCGCCGAAGAGCUCCACGAAUACGUCGACAUCACCCAACUCACACCCGACCUCGGAGGCGUCUUACAAUACGACCACAUCGGCUGGAUAGACCAACGAGUGGCGCUGGAAAAAUUCUCAACGAGAACACAUGAAGUCUCCAACGCAUUAGACGACUUCACAAAGAAAAUCUCCGAAACAGAAUUCCCGAAUAACGUGGAUUCAACACAACAAUUACUAAACACACAAUCAAUUGAAUAUUCACAGCUUAAAGAUGAGAUUAUAUCAGCUGCGAAACACGGCGAAGAUUUACUCAACAACAUUCGAGAAAAAUCAUUCAAAAAUCCUGAUUCGCAAGUGUUUAAUCACGCUACGCAUACUUUAAGUAAUGUUUUCGCCGUAGAAAGACUCCUGGUGCAAUUAGAAGAAACAGAAAAAACUUUUGAUGAAUUCUGGUCUGAUCACUCAACAAAACUACGACAUUGUUUGAAUUUACGGCGUUUCGAGCAAGAUUUUCGUGAAUUACAAAUAAAUUUCGAUUCACAUAUGAAAACUGUAUCAGAAAUGUGUGAAAUAGGCGAAACAGUAACACGUGUUGAAACACUAUUAAAAGAAACCCAAUCAUUUCAAAAAUUAUGUUCAGUGGAUAUUGAAAGAGCCGAAGAGGUAAUCGCAAGCGGUCAGCAAUUACUAGGCAUAACAAAUUCAUGCCCUUUGGAGUGUGUGGAACCCAAGUGUAAUGAACUUGUCAGAGUAAGAGAAAUCCUCCUGAUGAGACUUAAUAAACGCGUGGAGGCAUUGACCAAGUGCAGGGAUCUGAUGGAACAAAUUGAAAAAGCGAACGAGUGGUGUGCGAAGGGCGUGGAGUUAUUAGCUUCGCAAAGCAUCGAAAAGUGUUCGUCAUCUGUGGAACACGCCGAAAAAUCACUGAUUGAGAUACAGUUGUUUAUUGCGACCGUUGAUAAGGAUUUCAAACGCAUUUUCGAGGAGUCUAUCACGCCGGAAACUAAAGCAUUGGUUACACAGGUGUUGCAACGUUUGGAUGAUGUUUCACACAUGUGUGAUAAACGUAUACAGAGUCUACGCAAAGUGACAACACCGCCGCCACGCCCCGUGCAGACUGUCAACCCGACAUCAGCGCCAUCUAUGCCGCGGCAGCCUUCGAUCGGCGCGCCGAUGCCACAUCGCGUUCAUGUGAAGAAACAAAACACUCUACCGACUAAAAUGGAACUAAGCGCCGGGACAAAUUCCAUCACAAGUGAGUUUACGGACUCGUCGCAGAAUGAAUUUGAUCCGCAGGAUGAGAUUCAACGCGUUAAACAGCGACAUGUCCUCGGCGAGUUGCUCGAGACGGAACGGAUUUAUGUCACUGAACUUGCUUCCGUCAUCAUGGGUUAUAGGAAUGAAGCAUUGGCCAAAGAUAAUUACAAUUUGGUCCCGCCUACGCUUUUGGAAAAACUGGACGUGGUUUUUGGUAAUAUUGAAGAAAUCCACGAAUUUCACGCGAAUGUCUUUUUAAAAGACUUGGAAAAUUGUAUUUCUUCAAUUGAUUUGGUCGCAUUGUGUUUUGUACAAAAAAAAGAUGUUUUUAACAAACUCUACGCAUUCUACUGUCAAAACAUCCCCCGCUCUGAAUCUCUCCGUGAAACCAUCGUAGACCACAGUCACUUUUUCCAAAUGUGUCAGCUGAAACUCGGCCACAAACUACCACUAGCCGCAUAUCUCCUAAAACCAGUCCAACGCAUCACAAAAUACCAACUCCUCAUCGCCGACCUCCUCAAGUACUGCGACGAUUCCCAAAGCUACAAACAACUCCAAAUCGCCCUGGAAUGCAUGCUGCAAGUCCUCAAAUGUGUCAACGAUUCAAUGCUUCAAAUCAGCAUAACUGGCUUCCCAUUUGACUUAGCUCAACAAGGAGACUUACUCCUUCAAGGUUCCUUCUCAGUCUGGGUGGAAAACAAGAAAGACAUCAGACUACGCAUCAAACCAAUGCAGAGACACAUCUUUCUAUACCAGAAAGCAAUGUUAUUCUGUAAACCAUCAGCGAAGAACACACAUAAUAAGAACCACUUUCAAUUCAAACAUUACUUAAAAAUGUCGCAGAUAGGAUUGACAGAAAGCGUCAAAGGCGACGGAAAAAAAUUCGAAGUAUGGCUACAAGCAAGACAAGAAGUAUACACAAUACAAGCAAGUACAUUGGAUCAAAAACAAGAAUGGGUUAAUGGAAUCAAGAGAGUAUUACUGAAUCAACUCGAAGAACUCAAAGGAGAGAAGAUAAAACAAUACACAGCAUUGGUACACAAACAUUUAAGGCAAACCACAUCAUGGGAGACACGUCAACAAGUAUCUAACCUCAAUAAUGAUCCCACAAUGCCCCGGGCGAUGAGUUUAGACGUGGAUUCACGUACAAAUGAAGACGACGUCACUGAAUCCGCCGAAGGAAAUAGUUGGUCAUCGGAUUUCAGUAACAGUGAUGAUGAGGAUGCAAAUCCAGCCAUUCCGAGCGGCCGGUAUGCGGCGCUGGCGGACUACUGCGCGGUAGGCAACAGUGAAGUCAACAUGCGUGAAGGCGACAUUGUGGAAUUACUUAAAGUAGGCUGUGCUGGUUGGUGGUUCGUAAAAACCAUCGGAAGUGGAAUUGAAGGUUGGGCACCAGCUGCGUAUCUAGAAAGUGUCCAUCGAAAGAGUUCACGAUGCAGCAGUCGAAGUCAAGAUCGACUAAAUGAUCAUUAAUUGAUUUAUAUGAUCCUAAACACACACCGACUGAUAUAUAAUCUGAUGAUGACUUGUUUUGUGAGGUUAGAAAACCGUACUUAUAGAAUAUAUGUAUUAUAGGUUAUAGGAUAGCGUAAAAUAUAGGUUAUGGUGGGUUAUGUAUUAUAUUAUAAAAUUGUGAUUCCGGUUUGCGCUCGGGCUAAUUAAUAUUAUAAAUUAUAAUGUUUAGAAGAAGAAAACCAGUAUAAAUGUUUGUAAAUAAUAGGGUAUAGAAUAUGUUAGGUUAUAGUUUAUGACAAUGGCAGAACAUUGACCAAGCAUCAAUCCUAACCUUGAAAUUAAAGUCAAUAAUCAUUACAUACUAAAUAUUAUACACUAAAAUCAAUUAUUAUAAUAAUUAUAAUAAUAGUAUGCUAUUAUAAAUAUUCCAGACGGAAUUUUCAUGUUUUUUAUUUAAUUUUUUGAAAAAAUGUUGAUUUGAGGUUAAAUUAAAGAAAAACAUGAAGAUUUUUGUCAGGAUUUCUAAACAGACAACUUUGCUACAAUUUUAAACUAUAUUAUAUGAAAGCUUGCGAUGAUUGUUACAAGCUGAGCUUUUUAGACGAUUUGAAAGUAUAGGAUAGUUAUGUAGGACCCGCGGAGCUACCAAAAGGGUUGAGCAACCAUCAACUACCAUGUACUGUGUAUUAUGGGGAUUUAUAUAUGUGUAAAGUAUUUAUUUGUAUAUAGUUUUAAUAAUGAUUGUUAUGUUGGCAGCAAA